GUAAGCAUGGCAUUAUUGUUCAGAAGAUAUCUAUUGACGAUGGAGAGGAGCAUUAAACUGAUAUUUCUGGCUGUGGGGUUUCUGGCUCUUUGCGUGGGGUAUGUACAUGCGUGUACUUGUGGCCCACGGUCAGAUAAUGGUUGCCAAUCCGAUUACUCUCUUCGUGGCGUGGUACUAACAGUGCAGAAUCUGAAUGGACGAGAUUUUUAUGAAAAGGAAUAUUUGGUCUAUGUAGAGCGGUAUUACAAGGAGAUCCCGUUGAGGCAAAUGUAUGUACGGAUCCGAUCAGCAAGGCAGAGUUCUUUGUGUGGUGUGCAAUUACAAAUAGGAGAACGAUACGUAAUCUCUGGUAGCGUGGAUGGACCUCGACUGAGGACAAACCUUUGUGUCUACACAAGAACAUGGGACAGUAUUCCUGAUUGGCAAAAACAAAAUCUGUACUGUGGCCCUGGUGCAUUGAAUCUUCCGUUGUUGGCUCCCUCGACAUAAGGAUGAUCCUAUAAUCUACAAUUCACAGUUUAUAUAGCUAUAUUUGAUACUGCUACCGACAAUUUGAUAUGCAGUAUAUGCGUAUUCUUAAUUUUUGUUUUAUAACGUUCACUGAGUAAACGUGUGCUAAUAAAUAUUCUUGAUAAUAGCUUAA